AUGGCAAAUUCAGUGGAACAAUUGUUAAAUGUGUUAGAAGAUACGGCUAUGUUAUUAGCAAAAACCCAAUUAAAUCUCAAGAAAUGUCCGAAACAACGCUUAACAAAGGGAUACAUCGAAGCUCGUAUUAAGAACAUUGAAGAAUAUUGGUCUACGUAUAAAAGCGCACAUGUGGAACUAGUGAAAUGUGUUCCUAAACCAAAACGACAGGACAUUCCAUACUUUGUUAAUGAAGAAUACUUUGUGCAGGAAGACUUAUAUACUUGUUUACUAGCCGAUCUGAAUGACUUAUUGAGUGGUUUAUCAAACACCACGUCGUUGCCCGUUUCUAUGCAAGCUGCCCGUAACAACAGUGUUUCUAUGGAUAUACAAGUCAAAUUACCGAGAAUUCAACUACCAACUUUCUCAGGUAUUUACGAUGAGUGGCCCGCUUAUCAGGAUCUUUAUACAUCAUUAGUUCAUGACAAUCCAACAUUGAGUAAAGUACAAAAGUUACAUUAUUUGAAAAGUAGUCUAACGGGAGAAGCCCUGUCGCUAUUGAAGCACGUGCAAGUUACCGAGGAUAACUACAACGACGCAUUUGCUAUGCUAAAGGCACGUUUUGGUAACAAACGCAUUAUUGCCAACUCAAUAUUGAAACGAUUGUUUACACAAAAGAAGAUAACCUCGCAAACGGCUAGUAACAUCAAAGCGAUAUUGGAUACGACGACUGAAUGUCUGAACGCACUGACAAACCUAAAACUGUCAACCAGCUCACUGGAUCCACUCGCACACUCUCUCAUUGUAUUUUUAGUCGUUCAUAAAUUGGAUCCAGAGACGCAUCGUGAAUGGGAAGAAGUUGCGUAUGAUGCCACUAACGACGAGUUACCUAAAUGGGACGCAUUGAGCAAGUUUCUACAGUCAAAGUUCCGCACGCUCGAGCUUAUUACAUCUGCAAGUAAAGAAAAGCCUUCAUCUAGAGGAAAAGAAUACGCUGUGCACGUGUCUACGUCAAGUACAUCAAAACCGAGAUGCUGCGUUAUGUGUGAAAAGGAUCACACGUUAUGCCAUUGUGAGGAGUUCAUAAAACUGAGUCCAGCAGAGAGAUGUGAGUACCUAAAACAAAACAAACUAUGCUACAAUUGUCUGGCCCCAGGACAUUCCGCAUACAAAUGUCGCCUGCGGAUGUUCUGCCGAAAAUGUCACAAACGUCAUCACACGCUCACGCAUCAAUCAAUACCAAUGACGUCACCAAAUCAACCAGACAACAUGAAUCAACAAGACAAGUUUGAAACCCAUCAAGAUUCUGCAAAACCAAAUGAAACCAACGUUACCAUUUCAUCGCAUGUCGCUGCUAAUUUGUCUACUGCAUUGCUGGCCACAGCUCUUGUACCAGUACGAAAACCUGAGACGGGACAAGUGACAGUGCUUCGUGCUUUGAUUGACCACGGCUCCCAAGCAACGUUCAUGAGCGAAAGAGCGGCCCAGCUGUUAAGAGUGAGAAGAACGCCUAUCAACGGCACCAUCACUGGCGUCGGCUCAACCAAAACAAAUGUCAAACAUGCUGCAGAAAUCGAACUACUAUCCAGACACGACGCUUGUUUCAACCUCAAAGUAAAAACAUACAUUAUGUCGACGAGACUCACUACUGAAUUGCCGUCAAAAACCAUCUCCAUCAACACCUGGCCGCAUCUGCAGGGACUUGCACUCGCCGAUCCAAGUUUCAAUAAAUCAGGGCGAGUAGAUUUAUUACUGGGUGUUGACGUAUGUGCCCAAAUUAUGAAGGGUGAAGUUAUCAAGGGCCCCCCAGGAACACCAUGUGCUCAAAACACUACUCUGGGUUGGAUCCUAUUUGGGAACGUAGAGUACAACCUACCAGAAAGAGAGAUUAUCGUUAUGCACCUCAACAUUGAUCUAAAUGAUAUGCUGAAACGAAUGUGGGAACAAGACCCAUAUGACCAAAGACAACCCACUGCUGAGGAACGAAGGUGCGAAGAGAUCUAUGCGAUCACAACCACGAGAAAUAAAGACGGAAGGUACAUAGUAACCUUACCAAAGAAAUCCAACGUGCUAUUAUCUAAAGAUGGAAAUACAAGAGCAAUAGCCUUAAAGAGAUUAUACCAAUUAGAACAAAGAUUCAAGAAUAACCCAAAACUUAAAAGUGACUAUGUUACAGUCAUGAAAGAAUACCAAGCAAAUUACAUGGAAACAGUACCAGAAGAAGAAAUCACCAAUCCGUCGGUAUACUUACCUCAUCACGCCGUGAUUAAAGAAGGAAGGGAGACAACCAAAUUAAGAACUGUUUUUAACGCAUCUCAAAAAGGAACAAAUAAUACAUCCCUCAAUGACGAACUGAUGGUUGGACCACAGUUACAAGAUGACAUGAGAAGUCUGAUCAUGCGAUGGCGCAUGAAGAAGGUUUGUUUCGUAGCUGAUAUACAAAAAAUGUACCUGCAGAUCCUUGUCAAGAAAGAAGACCGAGAUCUGCAACGAAUUCUGUGGAGGAACGAUGAUCAAGAACCUGUCAGGGACUACCGUCUUACCAGAGUCACCUUUGGAACUGCUUCUGCUCCAUACCUGGCAGUAAAGACUUUGCAUCAAAUAGCCAAAGAUGAAGGACAGAAGUACCCUGAAGCUUCGGAAAUAAUAAGACGCGACUAUUACAUGGAUGACAUGAUGUCAGGAAAAGACAAUGUACAAGACGCAUUGAAGGUGCCCAAGGAAAUAGACACCAUACUCAAGAAAGGCGGGUUCCAAUUAAAAAAAUGGUGUUCGAAUGAUAUUAAUUUUCUUAAAGAGUUCGAAGAAUCCGAAAGAAGCUCUCAUGUGAAGCUUGACUUAAGCUUAGAUGGUAUAACACGAGCUCUGGGAUUACAAUGGAACAUGGGUAAUGACCGUUUUCAGUACAGCCUCAACUUACCUGGUACGUCAAACAUUACUACAAAGAGAACAAUUCUAGCCGAUCUACAAAGAUUAUUUGAUCCACUAGGCUGGCUGGCUCCAUCUAUUUUGCCAGCAAAACUCCUAAUUCAAAGAUUAUGGCUUCAAGGAAUAUCAUGGGAUGAAGAAGUAGAGGAAACCAUAGCCACGGAAUGGAAUAAUUUACGAGAAUCAUUUCGUCUAUACUUACCUUGUAUCGAGAUAGAUAGAUGGCUACACACUACUGAAACUAACAACAAUAACAUCAGUAUUCACGGCUUCUGUGAUGCGUCCACGAAAGCUUAUGCUGCAGUAGCCUAUCUAAGAGUACGGACACCCACGGGUAGCGUAAAGACCUCAAUAAUCGCUGCUAAAACCAAAGUAGCACCGACUAAAUCACAAUCCUUACCUCGUCUAGAACUGAGUGGUGCUGUACUGCUUGCCGGACUCUUAAAGCGCAUAAAGGAAGCUAUGAAUAUACCAACCUGUCAGAUAUUCGCUUGGACCGACUCCACUAUUGUACUUUCCUGGCUAUUCGGUGACCCUGCUAGGUGGAAUACAUCUAAAGAGUGA